AGCACUAUAUAGCACGUGUUCGCGUGCACCGGCGGCAACCACAGCCCAGGCUCGAGACUACAACGUUACAGCACAACACACUGCUGCACGUACAUACGCAGAUAGAGACCAGCAGCAAGCUCGAUCGAGACUCGAGAGGCAUGGGGAGUGUACCGGAGGAGAAGGCCAAGCUGGGCUUCGGCGGCCUGGUGGGCGACCUGAGGGAGGUGUACGAGAGCGGCAGGACGCAGGGCCUGGAGUGGCGGCAGUCGCAGCUCAGGGGCCUCGUCAGGCUCCUGGAGGAGAAGGAGGAGGAGAUCUUCGACGUGCUCCACGAGGACCUGGGGAAGCACCGCGGCGAGGCCUUCAGAGACGAGGUUGGGGUUCUGAAGAAGUCCGUCGUCGACAAGCUGCAAAACCUCAAGAACUGGGCGGCUCCGGAGAAGGCUCACACGCCGCUCGUUGCCUUCCCGGCGACCGCGCUGGUGGUGCCAGAGCCGCUCGGGGUCGUGCUCGUCUUCUCAUGCUGGAACCUCCCAAUAGGCCUAGCUCUGGAACCGCUCUCGGGAGCCCUGGCGGCCGGCAACGCCGUGGUGGUGAAGCCGUCGGAGCUCGCGCCGGCCACCUCGGCGUUCCUCGCGGCCAACAUACCCAAGUACCUGGACUCCAAGGCCGUGAAGGUGGUGGAGGGCGGGCCGGAGGUGGGGGAGAAGCUCAUGGAGCACCGAUGGGACAAGGUUCUCUUCACUGGCAGCAGCCGCGUUGGGCGCCUUAUCAUGGCCCAGGCCGCCAAGCACCUCACCCCGGUGGCGCUGGAGCUCGGCUCCAAGUGCCCCUGCAUCGUCGACUGGCUUGACAGCGACAGGGACAGCCAGGUAGCUGUGAAUCGCAUCAUCGGAGCGAAAUGGUCCACCUGUUCCGGCCAAGCCUGCAUCGCCAUCGACUACCUGCUGGUGGAGGAGGAGUUUGCUCCGAUUCUGAUCGAGAUGCUCAAGUCGACGCUGGAGAGGUUCUUCACCAAGCCAGAGUACAUGGCGCGCAUCCUGAACGAGAAGCAGUUCCAGAGGCUGAGCGGCUUCCUGGCCGACCGCAGGGUGGCGUCUUCCGUGGUCCACGGCGGCCACUUCAACCCCAAGACGCUGAGCAUGGAGCCCACGCUUCUGCUCAACCCUCCGCUCGACUCCGACAUCAUGACGGAGGAGAUAUUCGGCCCGCUGCUCCCGAUCAUCACGGUGAAGAAGAUCGAAGACAGCAUCAAGUUCCUCAGGUCCAAGCCCAAGCCGCUGGCGAUCUACGCCUUCACCAGGAACGAGAAGCUGAAGCAACGCAUCAUAGACGAGACGUCGUCGGGGAGCAUCACGUUCAACGACGCCAUCGUGCAGACAUUUUGUUCCAGUAUGGCCUGGACAGCAUCCCGUUCGGUGGCGUGGGGCACAGCGGGUUCGGCCAGUACCACGGCAAGUACUCGUUUGACAUGUUCAGCCACAAGAAGGCGGUGCUCAAGAGGAGCUUCCUCGUCGAGUUCAUGUUCCGCUACCCGCCGUGGGACGAGACCAAGAUCGGAAUGCUCAGGCGCGUCUACCGCUUCGACUACGUCUCGCUCUUCCUCGCGCUCAUCGGCCUCAGGAGAUGAAGCAGACGGCGGAGAGUGCGUGAACAAUCGAGCCAACAGAAUUUGCACCCACACCCAACACACAGUUGCUAGUGGUCAAUUGUCGUUCAUACUGAUCGAUGAAUAUGUAAUUGUCCCUUCUGUACACCAAAACGUCUGUAGUGUCGUUUACUCGUUUUAUACGUGUCUGUCUAUUUAUCGCACCAAAAGAUAUUUAAUAAUAAUGGAUUAUUAUCUUUCUAGUUUGUGCUCUUCUUGAACAAUCGCCACAUUCCGACAAC